GAGAGCUUUUCAAAGAAUUUAAAGUGCUCCUAAAAUACUUUGAAUAUUAAAAAAAAAAUGUAUUCGUUGUAUCGCGCGUGGUUGUCGUUAACCCCGAAUUUAGCGCCUCCGAUCCCGGUGCAGAAUUCCCCGUUAAAUUUAAGCGGCGCCGGGGGGAGCGGAAGUUGCACCGGAAGUGGAAACCCCCAAUUUAGCGGAUCCCCGGAUGUUAUCUUGCAAGUUGGGCCGAGUUUGACUGAAUUCUCCGCGCAUAGAACUGUUUUAAGUGCACACAGUGGGUUUUUUAAAGCGUCCCUAAUUAACCGAGCAGACCCGACCCCCAUCGUCGUCCCCAACGUAAACGUCGACGAAUUCUCCUCGCUUCUAACAUUCAUGUACACCGGAUAUUUAGACCUAAACAUCAACAACAUUUACAACAUCCUCCUCGCGACCCACAUCCUCCACAUGCCGCGAGCUUUAGAGUUGUGCCGCAGCUUUUUGAUGCAAAACCAACCCACAACCAUCGAAAACCGAACCAAACUCAUCAAACCAAUCCCAAGCAGAAAACCCCCAAUCCCGCACCAACCCAUUUUCCCCCCAAUCGCUUUUAAUCUCACAAAAUCAGAAGAAACCCCGUUUAAAGCAGUCUCAAAUCACGAAUUAAUCCAAAAUCAACCGUCCACUUCAAAAAUGGACGUCGAAAUUGUAAAGGAAAAAAUAGAUAGGAAAUCAGAAAAAUCCUCAAUUCGUCACAAACUAAAAAACAACGACAAAGUAAUCAUAGACGUGGCGUGUUGCGACGGGCCAGUUCGAUUUCAUCGCGUUUUAAACAAAAAUUACGGAAACACCGACGUCGAAAAUGAAUACCAAAUCGAAAAGGUCAACAGAAACGAAGCAAUGAAUAAGUUGAUGAAUGAAAAUAUUAAUAAGCGAAACGAUUCGGAGGAAAAAAAUUCCGAAAUUUUUACGUGUUUGUAUUGCAACCACACGUUUAAAUCGCAAUAUUGUUAUCAAAAACACGCGCGGCGACAUUUAAACCCCGUCAGUUUGGAUUCGAAAAUGAUGGGGAAUGAGGCGAGUGGAGGUGGUGGAAGUGUCCCACAAAAACGCGAGGUGAAACCUUUGGAUAUGAACGUGCAAUAUUAUCCGUGCAAAACGUGCGGAUCGAAAUUUCCGAGUUACUAUUUCGUGCAUAAACAUAGGAAGUUGUGCCACGCGGAGGAAAUGGCCGAUAAUAAUAAUAAAAAUAACGAGAUCGUCGCGGAGAAUCGGUCGCAAAAUUCGAAUGAUAGCGGCAAGACGAGUGUUGUUAUCGAUGUCGUCGAAACUGAUGAUGUGAAAUGAAUAAAAAUUGGAAAAAAAAUUUGUUUAGAAUUAAUAAUCAGUA